AUGGCAGUUAGUAAAAAUAUAAAAUCAAAUGUUUCUACACAUGUAACAAAGAAAGCAACUAAAAAAACUACAAAUAAUGGUGAAGAAUCAAAAACUGUUAAAAAAGCAGUCAAUAAUAAAUUAUUAUCUGAUGAAAUCAAUGAAAUUUUACAUAGUUCAGAGAAUAUAAAGAAAUCAAUUGAUCCAGAAUCCAUGGAUUAUUUUGGUGAUUCAGCAAAAGUAUCGAAAUCUGAUGAAAAUUUUGGUGAAAUUGAAGAUGAUAAUCGAGGUACAAGAUUAAAGGGUGAUAUUCCAACAGAAUUCACAUCUGGUAAAUAUUCAGGUAAAAAAUCAUCAAGAAAAGAUAAUGAUAUGGAAGAAGAUGAUGAACUUGAUCAAGAUAAUGAAUAUGAUAUUUUUGGUGGUGAUAAACAAGAUGAUGAUGAUGGUGAUGAUGACAACAGUGAGGAUUUAGAUGAUGCUUUUGAUUUUCAAGAUAAACAAGAUGAUGAUGAUGAUGAUGAUGACAAAGAAGAUGAUGAUGAAGAUGAUGAUGAUGAUGAAAAUGUUGUAGUAUCAUCAAAUAUUGAUAGAGCUGAUAUGUUAUUUAAAAAAUUACAAAAACAAGAAAAGGAAGAAGAAAAACAACCAAAAUUAGUUGGUCACACAAAUGAAGCUGAUGAAAUGGAAAAAGCUCAAAAUACAAAGAAUCAAACUGCAUUAUAUAAUGAAUUUUUAACAACUAGAAUUUUAUUACAAAAAACUAUAAAUUGUGCAAAUAAAUUACCAAAACCAAAAAUAUAUAAAGAAUUUUUAGAAUUAAAUGAUGAAUCAUUACAAAAGAAAUUUAAAGAAACUAAAACAGCAUCAUGUUUAUUAAUAUCAGAAUUAUAUAAUCUUCAAUCUGAAUUGAUUGAUUUAAAUGAUGAAAUUCCAAAACAACAACAAUCAAAGAAAAGAAUUAGACCAGAUCAAAGUUUAUCAGAGAUUUGGAAUACCAUUGAAGAACAAAAUCAAAGAUUAGAUCAAUUUCAUAAUCAAACAAUUACAAAAUGGAAUAAUAGAAUUAGCGUUACUUCUUCAAUCAAUAGUGGUGGUAAAGGUGGAAAUAAUUUGAAAUCACUUAAUCAAUCAAUUUUAUCACAAAUUCAAAAUACAUUAAAUGAUUUUGAAAGAUUACAAAAAAGAACAAAAUUAAAGAGAACUACAUAUAGAAUUAUAGGCGAGAAGCAACAACAACUAUCAAGUGCAAAUAGUAUUGACCAAAAUGAAGAAGAAAAAGAUGAAUAUGAUGAUGAGAUUUUCGAUGAUACAGAUUUCUAUCAAACUUUAUUAAAAGAUUUAGAGGCUAAUAAUAGUGAAGAGAAUGAAGUUGGUUCACAAUAUUGGAUUGAAAUGAGAAAUUUAAAAAAGAAAAAGAAGAAGAAGGUUAAUCAAAAAGCAUCAAAGGGUAGAAUCCUUCGUUAUGAAGUUUUCCCAAAACUUGAAAAUUUUAUGACACCACAAUCAUUACCAAUCCCUGAUUGGAAUAUUGAUCAACUUUAUCAAAAUUUAUUUGGUGGUUUAGGAAAUGUUAAUAUUAAUUUAAAUUAG